UGUUAAAAAUAGAAACUCGAAAGUCGACGAAACUAAACUUGUCUCUCUUGAGUUGAGUGAGGCGUUGGUAAACAAUGAUUUUAUCGUGAUUACAAACAAUUGUUAAAAUGGCGACUUUUUCGAUCUUGUUCUUAAUCCUGCUCGAAGCUUGUGCCAGUCCUGAGAAUCCUAAAGCGCUAAAAGUUGCCUUUUUUCUGAAUGAGAAUGCUGCUCUCGACGAGCUUGCAAUUACGAGUGCGACAAACUACAUUAAUAAUUACGCCGCCACUCAAUACGCCCUUAACUUCGUCCUCGCCCCUAGAAUAUACCGAAUCAAAAAGAGCGAAAUAUACAACGUCGGAAACCUCGCUUGCGACGCUCUGCGGGAGGGCAUUGCGGCCAUUUUCGGUCCAGAAAAUGGCGAAGCGAACGAAAUCAUUCAAUCAAUGGCUUUAAGUCUGGAAAUUCCGCAAUUUCAAACGUUCUGGAAUCCGAAUUUUGCCACUUAUGCCGGCUUGGGAACGGCCAACAAGAAGGAAAUAUUCAACUUUAACUUAUACCCAAGCCCGAGCGUUCUCUCGAAAGCUUUCGCCACUCUAGUGAGGGAGAACGACUGGAGGAGUUACACCAUCAUUUACGAAAAUGAUGAUGGACUUGUUAGACUCCAGGAAGUCCUCAAGGCGCUAAGUCCCAAUAAUCCGCUGGUUACGUACCGGAAGCUGGGCCCCGAGCCCGACCACAGGCCGGUCUUCAAGGAAAUUGUGGCUUCCGGAGCCCUCCACAUUAUCUUAGAUUGUGAAGCCGACCACACUAUUGAUAUUCUCUCGCAGGCAAAGGAGGUGAAGCUCUUCGAGGAGUAUCACACUUACUUACUAACUUCAUUGGACGCCUACACUAUAGAUUUUCGCCAGUUGGGCGAAAUAAAAACAAAUGUUUCAAUUGUGCGAAUGUUGGACCAAAAAGUGGUCGAUACGGUAAUUGGCAACUGGGAACUCGUUGAUUCAGAGCGAAAGCUCAAAAUUCCCAACAAGUUGAUAAAGGUCAAGACCGCGUUCCUCUUCGACGCUUUAAAUUUAUUCAUAACUGCUUAUUCAAACUUGGACCAGGAGCAAGAAAUGGAUGUCAGGCCGCAGAGUUGCGAUACAAAUGAAAUUUCAUCGCACGGAUAUCGACUGUCGGCUUUUAUUCCACUGCUUAAUAUGACGAAAGGAAUGCUGGGGGAACCGAUAUCGGGCUCUUUAAAUUUUAAUUCCUUAGGACAGCGCGUUUCACUCAAAUUAGAAGUCCUGGAAUUGCGAAAGGAUGAGUUCCGAGUCACGGGAAUUUGGGACUCCGGUACGCCCCAUUCUAUCUACUCGACCAUCACUUCGGCGGACCGCGAGAAGGAGUUGGAGCAGCAGCUCAAAGGGCGGACUUUCCGGGUGGUUUCAAGGAUUUACCCGCCGUAUUUGUCGCGCAAACCCGGAAUCGACAGCAGCGUAAUGAGCGGAAAUAACGCUUUUGAAGGAUACGCCAUGGACUUGAUGAAGGGCAUUUGUGAGUUAUACGAGUGCAACUACGUCUUUGAGCUUGUUCCGGACAAUAAUUACGGAAAAUAUGAUCCCAAAACCAAAGAAUGGAACGGCUUAAUUAGGCACUUAUUGGACAGAAAAGCCGAUUUGGCGAUUUGUGAUUUGACCACAACAUACGAGCGGAGGAAGGCGGUGGAUUUCAGCAACCCCUUUAUGACGCUGGGGAUCAGCAUCCUGUACACAAAAAUCGUUAAGGAGCCCCCCGACCUGCUCGCCUUCACGAAUCCUUUAUCUCUGCACGUUUGGCUUUAUAUGGUAACUGCGUAUAUGGUUAUAUCUAUGAUUAUUUUCCUCGUCGCGAGACUGAAUCCUAAUGAAUGGGAGAACCCUCAUCCGUGCAACCCGAAUCCGGAGGAGCUGGAGAAUAUCUGGAACAUAAAGAAUUGCUUCUGGCUGACGCUGGGCUCCAUCAUGCAGCAAGGCUGUGACAUAUUGCCGAAGGGCAUCUCCACCCGGAUGGUGGCGGGAAUGUGGUGGUUUUUCACCCUGAUCAUGAUCUCCUGCUACACGGCCAACUUGGCCGCCUUUCUCACCCAGUCCCGGAUGGGGCCCACCAUCCAAAGCGCCGAAGACCUGGCCGCCCAAACGAAAAUCAAAUACGGCUGCCUCAAAGACGGGGCCACGGCCUCGUUCUUCAGGGAUACCAACGUCACGACCUACCACAAAAUGUGGGUGGCGAUGGAGACCGCCGACCCCAGCGUUUUUGAGACUUCGAACGACGAUGGAGUCAAACGAGUAAUCAGCAAAAAGGGGAAGUAUGCCUUUCUGAUGGAGAGCUCCUCCAUCGAGUACGAAGUGGAGAAACACUGCGAGCUGGUGCAAGUGGGCAAUCGGCUGGACACCAAAGGAUACGGCAUUGCCAUGCCCACAAAUGCUCCCUACCGAACGUCAAUAAAUCAAGCGAUAUUAAAGAUGCAGGAGAUGGGCCGGCUGCAGCGACUCAAAGAAAAAUGGUGGAAGGAGAAAAACAAAGCUAAUACUUGCAAGAAAGACGAGGACUCAAAGACUGAUUCGGCCAACGAACUGAGUUUGGCUCACGUCGGAGGGGUUUUUGUCGUUCUCGUCGUUGGGAUGAGUAUCGCCAUGGUUAUAGCUGUUUGCGAAUUUUUAUGGCACGUUAGGAAAAUUGCAGUUACACAACACGUGGCCCUCAAGGAAGUCUUCCUGAAAGAACUCAGAUUUGCAAUGGAUAUUUGGUGCCGCCAGAAACCGGCUAAUCCCGCCGCCAAUCUGAACCUAAGCAGGGAGACUCUAAGGCAAGGUGAUUGAGAUAAACGAGAACACUCUGUAAAGCUCUUGAAUAAAAAUCGAUGUCUGAAAA